AUGGCUGAACUCGCGGGUAGUAGAACGCACGAGAACCUGAAGGCCGCGUUCGCCAGUGAGUCGCAAGCCAAUCGCCGUUAUCUAUACUUCGCCAAAGUGGCCGACGUCGAAGGUGAACCCGAGGUCGCCGAGCUGUUUCGUUCGACCAGCGAAGGUGAAACCGGGCACGCUCACGGGCACUUAGACUUCCUUCGCAAAUGUGGCGACCCGACGACCGACAUGCCCAUCGGGAAUAUCAAGGAAAUGAUCGCGUCGGCGGUGGAGGGCGAAACGCGGGAAUAUAAUGAGAUGUAUCCCGAGUUCGCUAGAGUCGCGCGUGAAGAGGGCCACGAAGAAAUCGCAGACUGGUUCGAAACCCUGGCCAAAGCCGAAAAGAGCCACGCCGGAAAGUUGCAGGAAGCCCUCUCGCGGCUAGGAACCGCGACCGCAGAUGCGGACAACACAAGCGCGGAAACCACGCCUGCUGACACGGCUUCGUCGGAUGAUGCACAAGCGGCCGAGUCGGCCCCGGCCGACCUUGGUCUUGAUUUGACCGAAGAGGAAGACGAAGUCAUCGUCGAGCCCAGCUUCGACGAAGAAGAGAUGGCAGAAACGGAAUCUGCCGAAGAAGCACCGGCACCCGAGGAGGAAAGCGAGCCCGCGGUUGCCGAGACGGAAGUUGUCGAGGAGGAGAUGGAGGAAGAGGCUCCGGCCGAAUCGAAACCAGAGAUGACGGAAGUCGAGGACUUCUCGCCUGAGGAUAUCGAAGAAGACACGGAAGAGGAGACCGUAGAAGUCGAACCGAUUGAAGUCACGCUCGGCGACCCCUCGCUAACCGCGGGCAUCCCGGGUGAAGGACCGUUGACGAUUGAAGAGAUUCGCGGAUGGCUCGACGAUGAGUCGAAUCACGUUCCGCUGAAGGUUAACUUGCCCAUGGGGCUGGCCGCUGGACAAGGGCAAAUCAAAGGGCUGGAAGAGAACCCACUGACUUUGGCCAAAAUCGAGUUGGGCCGUCAGCUCUACUUCGACCCCCGCCUUUCCUCCGAUAGCUCGAUCGCUUGUGCAGGCUGCCACGACCCCGACCAGGGCUACACGACCCACACUCAGUUCGGCAUCGGCAUCGAAAGCCAAGAAGGCGAUCGCAACUCGCCGGUAAGCUACAACCGAAUUCUCAGCGACGAGCAAUUCUGGGAUGGUCGCGCAGGCUCGCUCGAAGAGCAGGCCGUGGGCCCGAUUGCAAAUCCGAUCGAAAUGGGGAACACGCACGACGCUUGUGUGGUGUGCCUCAAGGGAAUCGAGGGAUACGCACUUCAGUUCGAUCGCAUCUUCGGCGACUUGAACAUCGACAAUGUUGCCAAGGCGAUUGCCGCCUUCGAACGCACGAUCGUCACGGGACCUUCGCCCUACGACUAUCACGAGCAACUGCAACAGUUCGCGGGUCUCGAUCCUGAAGAUCUAAAAGAAGACGAUCCUGAACUGUACGAGCUUUACGAAUCGGCUCAGGCUUCUGCCGACGAGCACCCCAUGUCGGAGAGCGCUAUUCGUGGCUACGAAAUCUACUUCAAUAAAGGUGCUAAGAAGGGCCAUUGCAGUGCCUGCCAUGUUGGCCCCAACUUGACCGAUGAGCUGUAUCACAACCUGGGUGUCGGCAUGCUCAGCGAAGAACCCCCGGAGGGUCGUGCGGCUGUGACUGACGACGAGAAGGACCGUGGUGCGUUCAAAACGCCGACGAUUCGCAACGUCGAACAUUCAGCUCCGUACAUGCACGACGGUAGCGAGGCGACCCUGGAAGACGUGGUGGAAUACUACGUGGAGAUCGGCAAGGGUGGUCCCGAUAAGUACCCGAACCUGAGCGAGAAGAUCAAGCCGAUCGACGACUUGACCGACCAGGACAAGAAAGACCUGGUUGAGUUCAUGAAGGCCUGCUCGGGCGAUUUCCCUGUGGUUGAGCGAGGUCGGAUGCCUCAGUAA